CUAUGCCAUAGGCUACGCGGUCAGGACGGUUCGAUUGCAAAAUGAAGUAGCCUGAAAAAUCAAGCAGCGGGUUCAAACAUUGCGGGCUCACACUCUUAAGUAAUCGGCCAUUUUGAUUUUUUACAAUUUUAUUGGUUCACUGCGUACUUGGCUAUUUCAUAUCUGUUUUAUUUUAUUCGAAGAUGUGGUCUAUAAUAAGAAAAAACAAAGAGGUAAGUAGCUCCUUAAAAUGGGCAUUUGUGAAGUCGAAAAAAAUUAAGCAAAUGCGAAAAAAUUUAGAAAGAUUGAUAGAAUAUAAUUGAGGCUGUAUAUUGAUAUUGCUGUUUAUUAUUUGUGUUGUGAUAUAGUAGAAAUUAAAAUAAAAUCCUUCAACAUCCCUGUUGGCUGACUGUCUACACAUUUUGAGAUUGAUGUCUUUGAAGAUGUUUUAACUCCCCCCCCCCCUGAAAAAUAGUUAUACACCUAUCAAUGUUAUGCCCCAGGACGGGGGGAGGGAUGGACAACCCACUGGGAUAUUGAGGUUUUCAAAAUAAUUAGCUUUUUUGGUCAAAAUUCCCCUCCCAGGGAUACCUAAAAGCAUACUGUUGAAUAUUCAGAGGACAUUCAUAAGGGGCCAUCGACAAAUAGGUUUUUGUCACGCUUAACAGGAAGUUGGCCGUUAAGGUCGCAACCCCCUCCCCCUUAGCAGCAAACUCUGAAUAAUGAGAAAAACCAAUCUAGAGAUAUAUAGUAUGAAAAAGAAGCAUCAGAACAUCCUUGGGGAACAAACAAUAUUUUGUACACAGUUCAAUGUAUGCUGAAACCACUUUUUACCUCAUAGUCAAAUUGCACUUGUCCAGUUGUCCUAUUAAAUGCCCAUGGAAUUGGUUGAUUUUAGUAAAGUUUGCAAAGUAUUGCAUCAAGAAAAGUUGAAGAUGAGUUUUCAUCACAUAAAAAUGAUUUUAACGGCAUUGACCACGAUCCCCUCCUCCCUCUCUUGAAUAAGAAAAGUUAAUGUCCUGAACUAAGAAAUGGAUUUAGACCUUCAGAAUGAUGCACUAUAAAGUCACCUUUGUGGAAAUAUUAUGACUAAAACGGGCUUUUAGCCAGAAGUGUGUCCAGGUAUCCUGGGAUGCCCCUAGAAUGAAAAAUGGAUGCCUUUGGACGCCCAAAUUCUGGGGGGAACGGGAAAUUAUUUUCAAUGAUUUCCCUAAGUAUAUUAAUAUAUCUGAAACGAAAUAGCUUCAUUUCUCAUUAUUAUUAUACAUUUGACAUUUUGAUCAAUUUGAUAUUUGAUGGUGUACCUGGCUGAAUCAAAUAAAGAAGCAUAGCGGCACAAACUCACAAAGCCAAGUCGAACGAGCUUGGAACAGAUACUGACAUGAAGUAAUGUAAACUUCAAAGGUUUUCCAGAGGAACGUUUUCUCAAACACCCCCCCCCCCCCCCUCUGUACUGUAGAUGUAUUGUUAUACCAAAAUUGGACUCCCUCUUAUAGGACCCUGGCUAAAAGCCUGGACUAAAAGUAAACAUGUUUUGCCAUUGUAAUGUUAAAUAGAUAAUGGCAAAUUUGUGACAGCAAUAUUUUGCUGAUGUAAAAAUUUUGAAUUUCAAAGGCUAUUGAAAGAAAAAAUGUCUAAUGUUUCAUUGUCCCAAACUCUAAAAUAUUUGUAGUUUUUUUGUUUUCAAGGCUUUAUCAACAGUGGUGAAAAUGUCAGACCCGCCCCUAUCAAAAUUGCCUUACUCUUUUUAUUUCCAAUGAUUGAAAACGGUUUUGUUUCUGUCAUUUCUCAGUUGUAUCCAGUUACAGCAUGUGUUGUCUUUGGAUGUGUUCUUGCUGGCGGAUACUUACUUAGAAUGGCUGUACAACAUCCUGAUGCAGCGUAAGUUAAUUAACCAUGGUUGCUCAGUUACACAUUGUUUAUUUAGAGAUAAAUUGUCAGAUAUUUGAAACACCCAGAUUUUCAUGAGAUACCAUAUUUUAAUUUCAUACACCAAUCAGAAUGUUAUGUGCUUAGUAAUAUUGAUUGAUUGAAAAUAAUCUUAAUCUAAGGCCAAAAAAAGAAAUACCUGGGUUUCCUAUUUCUUGUUACAUAGGUACUGUAGGUCGGGUUUUCUUUUUCCUGUUUGUUAUUUUUUUAUAAAUGCUCAUGCAUGAGUGAUAUUCUAAGUCAAUUACAGCAGCACAGAUGGCACAAACAUUUGUUAAAUGUUAUAUCAACUUUGAAACAAACAGGUUGUACUUUACUGUAUAUAGCUAGUACAAAACUAACGCCACAAAUUGGGUACGAAAAAUUGCUCCAAACUCUUUGCAAACUUCAAACUUAAAAAGAUUAGGGUCGGUGAUUUCAGUAGGAGUUGUCUUUCAUAAGGACAACGUCGUCAACCUUGAGGUCUGGAUGGCGUUCGUUCCAUUUUGAUCUUGGUUGGAGUAUUUGCAGAUACUCGUGUCUCCACCGAAUCCAAAAUUGGUCAGCUAGGUACUGGACUCUUCGCCAAUGUCUUUUCGAGUAUGAAUCUUGUUGGUCAAACAGUCCUGGUGGAGGGAGAAGUGGUUUUGUUUUCAUCGUUAGUAGCAUAGCUGGCGUCAGAGGUUGCGGUUGGUCGGUAUCAGUUGGUAUCAAGGCAAUUGGUCGAGCAUUAACUAUUCCGGUUACUUCUGCCAUAAGUGUCGUCAACACUUCUUGCGUAAGUCGAGAAGGUCCGAUCUUAAGCAUCAUAGCAUCCAGGAUGCGACGUACUGUCCCAAUCUGUCGUUCCCACACUCCCCCAAAGUGUGACGCGUGGGGUGAGUUGAAGAGCCACUCAUAAUCUUGUUCUGUGACCCAUUGUUUGAUAUUUGCUAAUUCCGCAUCUUUAGACGCCUCGUCCAGUUCUGACUUUCCCCCUAUAAAGUUUGUGCCACAGUCACAUCUCAGUUUGGAAACUGGACCUCUAAUGGAUAGAAAACGUCGUAAUGCGCAAAUAAAGGAAUUGGAAUCCAUGGCUUCUAAAACUUCGAUAUGGAUUGCGCGGCUGUUCAAGCACGUAAAGUUUAAUCCCCACCUUUUAGAGUUGGCUAUCCCGCCUCUUGUCCGCCUGGUAUGGAUAUCGGAUAGUCCAUGGUCCAAAAACAUCGAACCCGACAUUGGUAAAUGGGAGGUGGAGUUUCGAUUCUCUCUGAAAGUAGAUCAGCCAUGUGAGUUAAAAAUUUCCUCGAAGUCUUUCUUCUACACGUCACACAAUCAUUGAGUAUUUUCGACACCAUGCGACUAGCUCCGAUUAUCCAAUAUCCAGCUGUUCGGAACUGCGCCAAGGGUGAUCGGUCGUCCUUGGUGGUGAACCUUGUUGUGAACGUGGUGGAUGAGUAGACGUGAAAGAUGAUUUUCUUGGGAAGGAUUGCAGGGUGUUUCUCGGCUUAUUCUUGGUCUGACCGACGUAAUCUUCCUCCCACUCGAAGAAUUCCAUUUUUGUCUAGGAAGAUUGAUUUCUUCAGCAGUCCGGUACUUGUGGGCGUUCGACCGCAUAAUAUCGUAAUUUCGUUAAUUUUAAUUUAACAACUUUAAUUUGGCACAUAAAAAACUGAAUAUUUACAUAACUUAAACGGACAAUUACAUUGUACAAGGAGACGAGGAAAGUGCCAAAAGUGGCGAAACACAAACGAGACUAUGUCCCAUGCAAGGUGCUCACCACUAGACAACAAACAAAAACAGGAAACAAAGACAAGGAAGAUUAAAUGAAAAAACUAAGAGAAUGAAAAGGCAGAAAGAAUGAAAAGACAAAGAGAGAAAUGUUAGAUAUUUUUUAUUGAGUCGUGAUAAGUGAGUGUGAACUAGGUAAGUCAGGAGUGUAGGAAGUACUAGUGAGGUGGAUGUAAGUCUUGCGCAAGUAUGUCUUAAAAGAGGAGACAGUGACAUAACAAUACGAAGGAGCAGACGUACAAACAUAGUUCCACAGUUUAACAAUUCUAACACAAUACGAACUUUGAAAUGUACUUGUUUUGCAUGCUUGUGUUCUCAGAAGACCAGAAGUGGCCGCACGUGUCCUUCCCGUUGUAACUUCAACAUACUGCGAUAUGUCAAAAUCUGUGAGACCGUACAUGCAUUUAUAGAAAAAUAUCAAGUCCUUCUGUUCUCUGUCGUAUACAAGCGGGAUUAAAUUAAGUUGCAUUAAGCGCUGUUUGUAACUUAGUUCUCCGCGUUUCUUCUUUAGCAUCCACAGUGUUGCUCUUCUUUGAACUCCUUCGAUUUUCUUUGAUAAGUGGCUGUUGUUAGGAGGGCACCAUACCUCGCUUCCAUAAACAAGUUGAGAUUUAACUAGCGUUAGAUAUAAGGUCCGUCUGACCUGGGUGUGGUUAAUGUCAAAGCAUGAGCGUUUGAGGAUACCAAGCAUUUUAUUUGCCUUCGCCACCAUCUUCAGUAUGUGUGGGCCCCAUUUCAAAUUGCUGGUCACGAGCAUACCAAGAUCUUUCUCGACUUGACAAGGAGAUAAUUCAUUACCAUAUAUGCGAUAUGGAAAUCGCGUUGGGUGUUGCUUUCUUGAUAUUGUCAGCACUUUGCACUUUUCAGUGUUAAAUCGCAUUUUUGAAUCAGUGCCCCACUUUUCCAGUUUGGCAAGGUCGUCUUGCAGGAACUGGCAAUCUUCUACCGAUUUUAUUUCUCUGUAUAACUUUGAAUCAUCUGCAUACAGUGCUGAGUUCGUACUGGGUGAAACGUUAUCGGGAAGAUCAUUUAUGAAUAUGACAAAGAGCAACGGUCCCAGAAUGCUGCCUUGCGGUACAUCUGAUGUUACUGGAGACCAUGCAGAGGCUGCACCAUCAAUGACAACUCGCUGCCAUCUAUCGUUCAAGUAGUUUUCGAACCAUCGUAAAAGCGUUCCGUUUAUGCCAUGCAUUUGUAGUUUGUGAAGUAGGAUGUCAUGAUCUACAGAGUCGAACGCUUUCGAGAAAUCUAUGUAUAGCACAUCGAUUUGUUUGUUUCGAUCCAGAUUUUUACCAAUGUCAUGUAGUAUACCUAGAAGCUGGGUUAUACAUGAACGAUUUCUUAAGAAGCCAUGUUGGACAUUAUUGAUCAGUACACGAACAAAGGGGUAAAUGUUAUUGAAAACGCAUCUUUCGAGAACUUUGGAAAUUAUUGGCAGAAGGGAAAUGGGACGGUAGUUGGUCACGGGUUCGACACAGUCUUUUUUGUGGAUGGGUAUAACGUUCGCAUGUUUCCAUUCCAUAGGUAGGCGGCCUGUUGUUAAGGACAUGUUGAACAAACUGCAGAGGCUUGUCGAGAUUUCUCUUGAAAAUUCUUUCAGUAGACGUGGUGGUAUUCCGUCUGGGCCAUAAGCCUUUGUUGUGUCCAAAUGGUUAAGGUACUGCACGACUUCAUUCUGCGAGAUCUGAAUAUCAGAUAUUAUUUCGUCAGUUUUCGGUGUCAUGUUCAGGUUUGCAUCUUGGGAAGAUGACUUCGGAAGAAAAACAGAGGCGAAGAAUGCGUUGAAAAGUUCUGCUUUUUUGUGUGGUGUUGUUGCAGUUGAGUUGUUGUACGUGUUAGCAGUUGGGGAAUUUCUAUUGCGGAGGAUAUGUUUGUGGUAGGACCAGAAUAACUUAGGUGAUUUUGCGAGGGAAUCUUGAACUUUUUCUAUGUAUUGAUGGCGUUUUUGUUUAAUCAAGUCCUUAGUUUCCUGUGUCAACUGACGGAGUUUGCGUUUUCGUCCUUCCGUUCGUUUCUGACGAUAUUGUCGUAGCGCUGUAUAUUUCUUCUUAACCAUGUGUUUAACAUCCCGGUCUAUCCAAGGUGGUGUGUUGGUGUCAACGACUGUCUUUUUAGGUACAAAUUUAUCUAUCGCUGUGAUAAAUAGAUCUUUCCAUGCUUUCCAACAUUCGUCUAUAUCUGAAUUAUUGGAUAUCGCAGAAUCGAGAGGGACAUUCAUUAGAUGUUCACGAGCACCGUCGAAGUUUGCAUUAUUGAAGUCAUACACUGUUCGUCUUAUCGAUUUUGCUUUUUGAAAACAAACUUUGAUAUCGAACUCGAUAAGGUAAUGAUCAGUUGGAAAUAGAUCAGUUGGAUUUGUGCAGUUCACGUUCGUGAUGAGCUUCGGAGAAUUCGAGAAUACACAGUCCAAUUUAUUACCAUGCAGGUGUGUUGGACCGACAGCUUUUUGGUAGAGAAAUUGAUCUGUAAUAAUCUCGCAAAAAAGUUCAUCCUUGAAACUGCCUUUAGAUGUGGGAGAAGGAAAGUCCAAUGACCAGUCAAUAUUGGGUAGGUUAAAAUCACCGACCAGAACAAGUUGACAUGAUUCAUCUAAACGAUCAAGAGAGUCUCUCAACUCGAUUAGUGUAUCUUCUUCAGAAUUUGGUGGUCUAUAGAAGAGACUUAAUAGGAAUUUCGAGCAGUUCGCAGGAUACAGUUCGAUCAUGAGAUGUUCACUUUGUUGACCUUCAAGUAGCAGUCUUCGAGAUGAGCGCAGUUCAUUUCUUAUCGCUACAAGGACUCCGCCACCUCUCAUGUUCCCGUGUCGGUCUUUCCUAUGAAUGGUGUAACCAGGUAGAAUUUCGUUAUCAAGAAUUAAUUCAUUUAACCAGGUUUCGCACACACAUACGAUAUCAUACUGUUCGAGAUAAACAAGAUUCUGAAGAAUGGUCAACUUACUGGUUUUCUUUGCCUUGUCGUCCGUAGAUUCUGCGGUUGCCUUUAGACUACGAGCGUUUAGAUACAAAGCUCUUAAACUGUUCAGUUUUGCACCAACUUGUUUUCUAGAGCUACUCAAAGCUGGUCCUGGAUUAGGAUGCACAUCGCCACAGGCUAGAAUAGCGGUGGUAGUCAAGUUGUAUGACGCAGUGGUAUUGCUGUAGUACUGAAUCCUGGACUUGAGCCAUUUGUGCUUUGUUGGGAUUGGCGCAGGUACUUUAUACGAGUGGGUGGGUUUGCCGAGAACGGAAUAUGAACGGACAACGUUCGAUACGAAUACGGUACAGCCGCGAUACAAAUGGCCACAUGAAGUAAAAGAGUCACCGCGAGCAAACUUUGAAGCAGUUUAUUUGAAUGCAACAUAAUUCUGGCAAGAUCUUAAAUUAGCAAAGUUAGUUAGCAAAGUGUUCGCCUUGAGCUGUCUUAAUCAUUAUUGAUUCGGAUUGUUUCAAUUCUAACAACGGACCUUUUUUUAUUCUGGCUGGAUUGAUGACUGACCACGACGAAUCGAACUUUGGGGUUGUUCUCCAUUACUUGUAUCUUCUUUCUCUUCCAUAAAAAAAGUGUUCGAAUUUUCUCGGAUUCAGUUCUCUCCGUACGCGUUGUGUAGCGUGAGUAGUAAUUUCGGGCCGCAACUCUGGAUCUUCGUUCUGUACACUGAAAUCCAUUCGUAUGACGUCUUUUUCCGAUUCAGGUUUAGUGAGGAAUUCCGGUCCUUCAAAACAUCGGUUGUCCACAAGGUUUGUGACGGUUGAGCCCCUAGUCGCAAGGUCGGCUGGAUUAUGACGUGUGUCUAUGAUUUCCACUGGGUGGGUUCUGACAGCCCGCGGAUAAUCUGUAUCCGGUUAGCGACGUAUACGUAGAAUCGUCUACUCUCGUUUUGUAUGUAUCCUAAGACUACUUUAGAGUCUGUGUAAUAGGUAACUUUAUCGAUCGUGAUACUGAGUUCUGCGAGAACACGUUUCACUGCUUGUGUCGACAGUACAGCGGCACACAACUCUAAACGAGGAACAGUAGUUGGCUGCUUUGGUCCGAGCUUUGCCUGGGCGUAGACCAGUGAUACGCUGAUUUCUUCCUUGGAGCUGAUUUGCUUUAAGUAGAUCACGGUGGCGAUUGCUUCUUCACUUGCGAGUCGAGAAGGCGUGUAGCUCCGAGCUAAUGACUUGACAAAAUUCUUUCCCAUGAUAGCAUCUAGGGAUGAGGACUUCUUAAGAUGAAUAACAACUUCUUCUACCGUUGAUCGAGAGGUCAGUCCGUCGUCUACGUAAAAAUCGCUGUGUACAAACUCUUUGGCUGAUUUCCCGAAACUCUCCUCGCCAUCUUUUGCGGUUUUUCUUAACCCGAAGGUUGCGACUGCUGGACUUGAUGUAUUUCCAAAAAGGUGGACGGUCAUGUGGUAUUCCACGAUUUCAUCAGGAUCAUUAUUCUUAAACCAGAGGAAGCGUAGUACACCUCUGUGUUCCGGGUUGACAUAAUGAAACAUUUGCUCUCUGUCGCAUAUGACACCGACUGUUUCCUGACAAAAACGAAUCAAUAUCCCUGGGGCUACCGUGUCUUCCGGUGACAUUCAUUUCCGGUAACAUUUAUUUCCGGUCAUGUGAUAACAGGACACGAGGGUUUUUUGGGCGAUUAAUAUGGACGCCAUAAGUGUAUAUUAAAACAUUUUAGUAGUGCAUGAAGAACCAAACGGUUCUUAACGUAAAGAAAAAGGUAAAGUAAAGUAAAGUAAAGUAAAGUAAAGUAAAGUAACAUAAAUAAAGAGUAAAAAUAUUCGAUUGUAAUCGUUGGACGUGUGUUUGGAAACGUGAUAUUCGAUAGCUAGUGGCGUCCACUUUGACGAGGUGUCAAAGAUACUAACAAUCCCAUGCAGACUGUUCAGGAAAUCUGGUCCAGAAAGGAGUUCUUUGUUCAGAGAAGUUCCUUGGUAUUCGGAGGAUGAAUCGAAUACAACUCGGAUGUUAUUGGGCUUUCUUGGGUGGUAGACCCCGAAAUGAGGUAGAUACCAAACAUUUCUCCGUUUGAUGUCAUCAUGGUCUUGUCGUCGUAUCGCUCUACUUUCUGGCAGUGGUGUGGCGUGGUUGCGCUUCAAUAGCUUUCCCAUGAAUUCGAAAUAGUCUUUCUUCAUCUUAGACUUUCUUGCGAAGACACGUAGUAAGUUACUAAGUCGUCGAACAGCUUGGUCUCUGUUGUUCGGCAGAAUUAUGUUGGAGGAUCGGAAUGGUAGUGGAAGCUGCCAAUUCCCGAAUUCAUUUUUAUGGAUCCCUUUUUCCAUUAUGUCCACGAAACGCCUGUCUUCGAUAGAUAAUUCGUUAUCGUUAGAAGAGGUGUGGUAUAUGUCGUUGAUAAUCCUCUUCUCGCCGAGAAUUUCUUUGACCAUCCGGUUAUUUGGGCAGCGAGUAAAGGUGAAAUUUGUGUAAUUUCCGGGCUUUGGGUCUUGUAGUUCCGCAAAUCUUGUAGGGUAGCAGUGUCCGUCGCUCGGGGCACAUUCGUUUGGUUUUUGAACAGUAAUGCGAUUGGCUGAGAUAUGCACUGCUCCCCCUAAGUAGUCUAUAGACGGUAUCCUAUAAACGAAAAAAAAAACACAAAAAAACCCAAACAAACCACUAAAACAAAAAUACAGAACUGAACCCGAGUAUCAACAAACAGUAUCAGGGUGGGGAAAGGGCGAAGGGGAACAGAGCGAAAGAGCAGUUGUUGCUGGCUAGCCAAGCUGUAGCAAAGUGGCAGAUGCGCGAGAAUUGCAAAGUGACGUCAGGGACUCCCCGCUGCUAGGUCGCAGGCAUGAUACAUCUGCCGUUAACUUCGCUUAAAUCUACGUCUAACCACAUUUAACGGCAGAGUAUUUGAGUAAUUAUAGUAAGGCUAAUUAUAGUAGCAAUAGGAGUUUGCCAUGACAAUUCUGCCAAGGCAGACCUCCAGAAACGGUCAGUCCCUUCAAGUGCAUAACUACCCUUAUGUACUUGAAGAGGUAGUGCCUUGGCAGAUUGCCAUGGACACUUGACUCCAUUGACUGACCGCAACGUACCACCAGCACCUACCAUGGGGGGGGGGCAUAGGGUUAACGGGGGCCGUCGGCAGCUCCCCGGAUCUCCAAGUAGUUGAGUAGCGAUUCGACCGGACACAAGGGAGAACGACCCAGAGUCAGAGUGCACCCUUGCCGAAAGGCAUCGGUUUUAGACACGUUGAUAAACACUUGAAGACAAGACGGCUCGACUCUUUGAUCAAAGGCAACAUCUUGAUGGGAUAAAUGAAGCGAUGGAGAAUAGGAAGUGCCAUGAGGUACAGUAAACUCGGAUGAUCGCAAGAAACCAAAAUAUGCCAGACAACAAGAAGCUCAGAACAAAACGUCAUCGUAAACUGCGAAGUCCAAGCAGCGAUAGAUAGCGCUAGGAAUGUCCGAUGUAAUUGGAAGACGCUUAUCUUGAGAGCCACCUUUGCAACGUUUGAUUCCCUUUACCACACGCUGUAAACGCAGACAGCCCAAUAAGGGAUCAGGAUAACCAUGUUCAAUAUGGAGUCUUGAUACUGAUAAUAAAAUUUUACUGUGUUUGCUUUUUGUAUUUUAAAUUCCGUUUCAAUAUUAUUGUGUAUCAUUUUCAAUCAAAUUUUCGCACUUGAAACACUUUUAUACUGCGGAAAUUUUAUAGAAAUUACCUAAAAAAAGAGCUUUGAAAAUUCAAGUUUUGCACACUUCCAUAGUAUAGAAAUUUUCCAGAAAAGGCGUGGAAAUUUUCUAAAAAAAAAUAAAUAGAAAACCAAAGUAUGGAAAUUAAUGGUUCAAAUUUUCCUGUGACAAUUUCUGUGUUUCAUUUAGUUGGGCGAACAAAAGAAGCAACUUUCCCUGGCUCGAUGUUAAACAUAAUGAGAGAAAGAGGGUAAGCCUUUUCUUGUCAUCAGGAAACACUCUCCUCCGCAGAGGCAGGCUUGUCUUCGUUGAGAUUUGCUAUGCAUGAAGAGAGAAUUUAAGGAUUUGAAAAAGGUGUAUAUAUACUAAUAAAAAAGGUUAACAACAAAUCCGUUAAAGUAGCACUGUCAUUAAAAUUUUUAUUGUCUCAAACGAAAGAACUCCUAAAACUGUAAAGUAACUUCUUUUGAAAAAAUUGGUUCCCAUGGUUUGUUUGAAACCAUGUGACGUCAUUCACUCAAUUACAUAUAUAAUACAUAGUUAUAUAAUGGGAUAUUAGUAAAUGUUGUGUAUCUUUGCUAUUUUUGACGGAUUUGUUUAAAAAAACAGUAUGCUUAAUGAUGUAGGUUAAAUUAACAAACGCGCCGCAUCCAUACCAAUAAAUUGCGCAUAUAAGUAGGACAUAUGCAGUGAUAUACUCUAACGCGCAUAUCAAACAUAGACAAGCAUUUCAAAUUUAGAUCAUGUUUAGGUCUGAAUUGAUAUAAACAUAGAUAUAAAGUCCAAAUAAUUAAAUAAACGCAUGGAGGGAUAUAAUAUAUAAUAAAAUGCAAAUACUGCUAUAUCAAGAAAUGCGAUACAUCAGGCCAGAUCUCCCACAGCGGUCUGUAGUGUUGGCCUUUGCGAGAUUCCAUAUGCAACAACAAACGACGGUAGCAUCCUUUUAUUGACUCUGAAACUCAAGGAAUAUGCUGCGCAAUCGUUUAUCUUUGGUUUAGGCUUUAUGAUGUGCUAAUUAUACGUCCAGUGGAGCGAGAAUUCUUUAAAACCAGGCAAUAUACGAACGACCAAAUGCGCAGAUAGCGCCUGUGUUUACACGCAGACUUGGUUGAAGAAAUACGCAUUUUGCCCCCAGAUAUUUAGGACGAAACAACAAUAAUUUAGUAUCGAAAUGCUCGUCACAGUGAAGCGAUUCUGAAAUUGCUCCUACUUUUGAGACUACGCAUGCUCCGAUUGGGAUAUGCCGCUUUUUCGUCUGACCGCGCACCUAUUUCGCGUCACAAAGAGAUUUAUUCUAUCGGAUUACAAAGUUUCGAAACGAUUUUGCCCCUAGCAUAUUAUUCAUUUUUCGGCAAAUUUUGACGUUUAUAGAUAGAAUUAUGAACAUAUUUUAUGUAUCCGUUCCUACUUUUUAGAAAAGCAAUAAAAAUAAUCUCUAAUAUACAGUUUUGUUCAUAAUUUUGGCGAUUUUCAACCAUUUAUCGCUGAAAUUUCUGGGGACUGGGAACGAGCUCUGGUUUAAUAGGCAAAUGUCCAAAAUUUCUUGCCAUGUUUGGAAAGAUUUUGAUAAAAAAUAGCAAAUUUUGAAAAAAUGAUACACAAGAAUUACUGAUAUCUCAUUUUUUAUGUAAUUGAGUAAAUGACGUCACAUGGUUACAAACAAAAUGAAAUAUCUCAAGAACUAAGCAUGGGAACAAAAAUCUUCAGAAGAAGUUACUAUACAGUUUUAAGAGCAUUUUCGUUACGAAAACAACAAUUUUAAUGACAGUGCCACUUUAAAGACUCUGUACUCUGAUAAAAGCAGGACGAGCGCCUGUGGAGGAGAGUGAUCUGGAUGAUCUCUUAUUGUGUGCAUCUUCUUUGUAAAUGUUCUAAGAUUAACUGAAAGUUUAUUUAUCUAUUUUUAGUUUUACGCGUCGUUUGAUUAUGCAGAUCUAAAAGAUGAUAAACCAAAAUAUGAAUGAGCUUUACAUUGGAUUUCCAUCUUUAAAGUUGUUUCUCUGUUAUACUUUUGUCAGUAAAAUGAACAUUUUCACUGAGCAAACUUCUGUAAAAUUAUUUUAAAGCUUAUUUGAAGAAAUAAACUUCAGCGAUAUUAACAUUUCAGUGUACAUAACUUCAAUUGCUGUAAAUGGAAUCCUUUGGCUCACACCGUGAGGUUUUUGCGUAUUAUUGUGUGACUUACCGCAAAAAUUCAAAAUGAUGUAACAAUACUGGCACACAUCUUUACAAGAACUUCAUUGGUAGCAUUCGGUUAUAGAAUUACGUAAGAAUAAAGCUUUCAUGUCGCGCAUAACUAUACUGUUGCUAAACUAGGCAACAGAAAAUGCAGCAAUAUUAAAAUGGCUGAGAGUAAAAGAAAGCUUACAUGUAGUACUAGACUGAGUAAAGAUAUAUAAUGGUUACUUUCAAACAUCGUUAAUAAUUCAUAAGCUUAUUGGGAAAUCAUAUCAACCAUAAUAUGUCACGUGCAGUGGCUUUAAACCUGAUAAAACACUCCUAAUUAGUAUUCUUUAUAUAAAGAAUACUAAUAAGGCAGUAUCUAUUGUAUAGUCG